UUUUGUAUUUUUAGUAGAGACCAGGUUUCACUGUGUUAGCCAGGAUGGUCUCGAUCUCCUGACCUCGUGAUCCGCAUGCCUCAGCCUCUCAAAGUGCUUGGAUUACAGGCAUGAGCCACCACGCCUGGCCUCCCUCAUGUCAUUUUUAUCCAGUUGUGAAAAUUUAUUUCUCACAUGUUAGUCUGCUGGUUAAUUAAAAUGACUUUUAUUGGAUGGUGAUACUUUGAUCAUACCUGAUAAUACUGUCUUAAAUGAAAUAAAAAUAUUUAUUGAUAGUUCCUGCUUUUUAUUGAAUAUUAAGUGCAGUACAGCUCACACAUUAAGUCAAAUAAACUAGUGAUUGGAUAACACCUUAAAGUGAGGUACUUAAAUAUUUGCUACCAAACGUCUUGUUAAUUUAUUGAUAUUUUCAAAUGAAGUCUCUUUCAGUAUCAAUCAGUUGAAAUGUGAUUUUACUCAACAAAUUUUGAUUACAUAAGAUACAGAUAUGUUUCUAGUCUCUGAUCACAGCCUUACGUUGUUGGAGUCUUGCUGUUCUGCAGCCCAUCAUCUGCUGAACUAACAUGCCCUGCUAGAAAAUAGUUAAUGCUUAUGGGACUCAACUGUACAGUUGAUAAUUACUUUCAGACAAUACAUUUUGUAUAUAGAGAAAGAUACCAAUUUAGUCAUCUGUUGCCCUCAGGGACAACACCGUCAGCAUAUCUUCUCAGUUACGGCGAUUCCAUAUAGGAUUAUUAAGAGUGUUCAAGGCUGGGCGUGGUGGUUCACGCCUGUAAUCCUAGCACUUUGGGAAGCCGAAGCGGGUGGGUCACCUGAGAUCAGAUGUUCAAGACCAGACUGGCCAACAUGGCAAAACCUCAUCUCUACUAAAAAUACAAAAAUUAGCCAGGCGUGGUGGCGGGCACCUGUAAUCUCAGCUACUUAGGAGACUGAGGCAGGAGAAUCACUUGAACCCGGAAGCGGAGGUUGUAGUGAGCCGAUAUCGCGCCACUAAAAAAAAAAAAAAAAAAGGCGGGCCCGGGCUGCUACCGCGCGAGCCCAGCCGGGCCCGGCCCACUUGCUCAGAGCGUGACAUUAGGGGGAGGCACGCCUCCAAUUGGCGCGAAAGUGAUAAAGAGGCGUGGCCGGAAAGGUCCCACCCUGCUCCCCUGGAGUACUUAAGGGAGUUGGCGGGCGGCUGCACUUAUUGCUCCAAGGCUCGGCCUAGCGAGCGGAUCGCCUGCACUACUUCUGCGCUACUCAGCGACCUCGUUGCCUCCGCCACCAUGCCGCGCUCUUUCCUCGUCAGGAAGCUCCCUGACCCUGAUCGGAAGCCUAACUACAGCAAACUGCCGGACUCGAAUCCAGAGUUUACCUUCCAGCAGCCCUACCACCAGGCUCACCUUAACCCCACUGCUUCGCUGCCAACACUCGUCUGGGACGCUUUCCUGGCACUCCAAGCACAACCAACUGCCAGGGCCUCCCUCCAACUGGGACUCCCCCAAGAGAGUCCCACGGAGGCAGAACUGACUUCACUGUCGGAUGAGGACAGCGGGAAAGGCUCCCAGUCGCCCAGCCCACGCUCACAGCCUUCUUGGUCUUUCUCCUCCAUUUCAGCUUCUUCCUUGGAGGCAGAGACCGAUACCACCUUCCCAGGCUUGGGCCAAGUGCCCAAGCAGCUGGCCCAGGUCUCUGAGGCCAAGGAUUCCCAGUUUCAAAAAGCCUUCAACUGCCAAUACUGCAGUAAGGAAUGCCUCAGCCUGGGUGCCCUCAAGAGACACAUCCGAAGCCACACGCUGCCCUUCCCCUGCGAAACCUGCGGGAAGGCCUUCUCCAGACCCUGGCUGCUGCGGGGCCAUGUCCGGACCCACACUGGUGAGAAGCCGUUCUCCUGUCCCCACUGCAGCCGUGCCUUCGCCGACCGCUCCAACCUGCGGGCCCACCUCCAGACCCACUUGGACGUCAAGAAGUACCAGUGCCAAGAGUGCGCUCGAACCUUCUCCCGAAUGGCCCUGCUCCACAAGCACCAAGAGUCGGGCUGCUCAGUGGUCUCUCGCUGACCCUAGAGGCUCCCUCUUCCUCUCCCUACCUGACACGCUGCCCCCCGCCAACCAACAGCCUCCCCAAGCUCCAGAAGGAAGGAGGACACCAUGCCUCAUGCCACAGAAUUCCCUCCUGAGCGCCCCCAUUUCUGGAUGCAUCAGCCGCAUGGGACUUUGAUGAAAACCAUUUUCUGGUUCUGUUUCCUCUGCUGGAUCCCUCAGUGGACUCUGAAAGAGGCCUUCCCGUGGCCAUGUCUGUGAAUGGCUGGCGGGAGGGCAGCUGGCAGCCCCAGCUCGGGGGCUUUCUUGAACUGGCUUUUCUGCAUGUGUUUGUGUAUUCAGAACUGUUUGGAUACAGCUGUUUGAGCUACAGGACAAGAACUGACAGACAGUGUCCACCCCAGUCAGGGGACCCUCCCCACUCCCUCCCUGAAGGAGCCCUCAGGCCACCCUCGGCGAGGUUUGACUGCAAUAAUCCACCCCCAGUUUCAGCCACGGGACCUUUGAAGGCGGUGGCUGACACCAGGACGUGUCUAGAGCCUGAGAUGCUCUGGGCCUGAGCAGCUAUUUCAGCUUCCUGUUU